AUGGACACCCUCAACGCCGACUGUCUACGGGAGAUCAUAAUAAAUCUCUCGUUAAAAGAUCAAAUAGCAUUAUUGCAGGUCAAUGCAUAUUUUGAAGAAAUUGUACUCUCUCUAUGGUCGACAAAAUACAAAAACAAUAACAUUAAUUUCUUGGAAAGAGAUCUCAAUGAUAUCGAAAUGGAAAUCUUUUUUAAUGCCAUAACACAAUUUGCCGAAUCAUUUGAGUUGAGAUUUUUGGAUGAACAUAAAUAUGGAAUAUUGAAAAAAUUCAUCUAUCCCCAAGUCAGAUCCGUACGCCUAACAAUACAUCCUUGCUUUAUGAAAGAUGAAGAUGUCUUGGAUUUACAUCGGAUGUUUCCAAAUUUGCAGGUGUUCAGCCCUCAUGGUAAUUUAAGUGGAAAAUAUUUAGACUCCUGGCGGGAUCUGAAGGAAUUAAAUCUUGGUUAUUGCUACAAAUUGGAAUUGGAACAUUUUCAUCGGAUUAUGCGUAAUUUACAUUUGGAACAUCUGGAUUUGAAUAUGUUCCCGUUGAGUAAACAAUAUGAACAAUUGGAUUUGAGAGAAGCUCGUUUGGAGAGGUUGCAGUAUUUGCGUCUCAAUACCUAUGAAUUUUAUUAUUUCCUUUCGAAACCAUUGCCCCAGUUAAAACAUCUCUACAUUACCAAUCAAUAUAAUCCACGACAGCUGUUUGAUGUCAUUCUGUCGGUGUGGGCGGCUAAGGAUAUCCUUAAGGUCGAGGCAAAUGUUAAAAAUGUCCUCGCCAAUUGUUUGGAGAUGCGCCUAAAUGUCCAUGAGUUGUGCAUCAUCAACGAUGACAACGUUCUGCCCUUUAAUGUUAUGAAGUCGUUGCAUCUUUUGGAUGAUUUACGGGUGUUGCGUUUUAAGAGCUGCGAUUUCACCACCGUUGAUGUAGCGGAACUUUUAAGAAAUAUUCCUCAAGUUGAGAAAAUUUCAUUGGAAAGUUGUCGUCUACCAGAUCAGAUAAUAUCUCUCAAUGUUCCCCUGCUGGCAGCUGAGAGAAGCACACCGCUGAGACUGAAUUUUUGGCAAAAUUUUGCGAGAAGAUCCAGAAAUUCAUCACCGGAAGGUGAUGGGCAACAGAACAGAACAAAUUCCCCCCAACCCUGUGAUGUCAUAUUGAAAGGUCAUCAUGAUCUGUUUGAAUUCACCGAGAAACCGGGUUCGGAUUUAUGUUUCGAACCACUUUAUGUACAAUUCCGUUGA